AAUUCGGGCGGAGCUCAGGAUUGUGGGGUGGAGCCCUGGCGAGGGGGCGGGGCCCACCCUGAGAGAGCCCGGAGAAGACCGGAAGUCGCUCCGCCUCCGCCCGCCCUCGUGCUCCCUCCAGCCCCUCCGCAGCUCCGUGCGCGAGGUCGUGUCCCGGAAGUGAAGGGGCCAUGUUGAUGGGUGACCCCGAGAGAGGCACCAGGCGAAAAGCGGGUCCCGAGGAGUGGUAGCGCGCGCGGCCUGCGGCGUGACACCAAGCCCCUGCCAAUCCCCCAUGGCCCCGUGGAGCCGAGAGGCGGUGCUGAGUCUUUACCGGACUCUCUUGCGCCAGGGUCGAGAACUUCGCUACACUGAUCGAGACUUCUACUUUGCCUUCAUCCGCCGUGAGUUCCGGAAAAAUCAGAAGCUAGAAGAUCCUGAGGCCCGGGAGAAGCAGCUGGAAAAGGGCCUGGUCUUUCUCCAAAGCAAACUGGGGGGGAUUAUUUAGGAUCCUCUCCUUUUCCCUCCUCCCCAGUUCCGAGAGAAAAGAUAAAGGUGCCUUCUGUAGACACUCCUGCUCUCUCCCAUCCCUACCUCACAGAUGCAUUAAGAAGCCUCAGGUGAGCAAUGGCAGGCGCUGGUGAGCGCAAAGGCAAGAAGGAUGACAAUGGCAUCGGCACAGCCAUUGACUUUGUGCUCUCCAAUGCCCGGCUGGUGCUGGGGGUGGGUGGAGCGGCCAUGCUGGGCAUCGCCACACUGGCGGUUAAGCGGAUGUAUGAUCGAGCGAUCAGUGCCCCUACCAGCCCCACUCGCCUGGGCCAUUCGGGGAAAAGGAGCUGGGAAGAACCAAACUGGAUGGGCUCCCCCCGGUUGCUAAACAAGGACAUGAAGACAGGCCUGAGCCGGUCCCUGCAGACCCUUCCCACUGACUCCUCAGCCUUUGACACAGAUACAUUCUGCCCUCCCCGGCCCAAGCCAUUGGCCAGGAAGGGCCAGGUAGACUUGAAGAAGUCACGACUCCGCAUGUCCCUGCAGGAGAAACUUCUUACUUACUACCGGAACCGGGCAGCCAUCCCUGCUGGAGAGCAGGCUCGGGCCAAACAAGCUGCUGUGGACAUAUGUGCUGAGCUCCGGAGCUUCCUGCGGGCCAAGCUGCCUGACAUGCCACUUCGGGACAUGUACUUAAGUGGCAGCCUCUAUGAUGACCUGCAGGUGGUGACAGCUGACCACAUCCAACUUAUUGUGCCACUUGUGCUGGAACAGAAUCUAUGGUCAUGUAUCCCUGGCGAGGACACCAUCAUGAAUGUCCCUGGCUUCUUCCUGGUUCGUCGUGAGAAUCCAGAGUACUUUCCUCGUGGUAGCAGUUACUGGGACCGCUGUGUAGUGGGGGGCUACCUCUCUCCAAAGACAGUGGCAGACACAUUUGAGAAGGUAGUGGCUGGCUCCAUCAAUUGGCCAGCCAUAGGGUCUCUCUUGGACUAUGUGAUCCGACCGGCACCACCCCCAGAGGCCCUGACACUGGAAGUACAGUAUGAGCGGGACAAGCAUCUUGUCAUUGACUUUCUACCAUCGGUGACCCUUGGUGACAUAGUCUUGGUGGCCAGACCACAUCGGCUAGCCCAGUAUGACAACUUGUGGCGGCUGAGCUUGCGUCCUGCUGAGACGGCACGCCUGCGGGCUUUGGACCAAGCUGAUUCGGGCUGCCGAUCUCUGUGCCUCAAGAUCCUUAAGGCCAUAUGCAAGUCCACUCCGGCUCUGGGCCACCUCACUGCCAGCCAGCUAACCAACGUCAUCCUCCAUUUGGCCCAGGAAGAGGCUGACUGGUCUCCAGAUAUGCUGGCCGACCGUUUCCUGCAGGCCCUGAGGGGACUCAUCAGCUACUUAGAGGCCGGAGUCCUGCCUAGUGCCCUAAACCCCAAGGCGGAGCGUUCAGAUGGUCUUGAUGAGGACUCACCUCCAGGAUGGAAGGACCCUGGGGAAGGCCUGAGGGGGUCCUGGCAAUAGGGAUUCCUGCAUGUCUGCAGCUCUCUGCCAUGGUACUUCCUUGGGACUCCGACUUGGCUGAGAACUUCUGAUUUGUUGGGACUCUGCCCUUUUGCCUGAAGCUCAAGGCCAAGGAGAAUGGUAAGAGACUUAGCACUAGAGCUGCCCCCCUGCACCAGGCUGGGAGGCUGUAGCCCUUUUAGAUUCUGCUUGCUCUAAGUAGACAGGAUACCAUACAGAUGGGUUCUGUGGUCAACUGUGCACUGAGUGGUCGCCUUUUCAUUUUGAGCAUCUUGUAGUCUUUAGAUUCUUGGUCCCUGAGCCAAGCCCACAACUUGCCUUCUGGUCACUUGCCUGCCCCCCAGUGGUGGUUGAUGUGUUAGCUGGUAAAUUUGGAAUCAGUCACCAGUCUUUCUGUCCUGUCUUGGCUAAGUCUAUAUAGGAGCAGCUUAGCCCUGAGACCCAGAGAACUGCUGUUCUUUUUCCCUUCAGGGAGGAAGUAAAACUGGGGAUUACAAUGCCCUUGCACAGCAUGGGAAGAAGAAAAUAAAACUCUCCUUUCCAACAGC